AUGCCGACUCGUCGAUUUCCUUUUGGAGGGGGUCUUCCCGAACCUGACAAAAGUGACCAAUUAGAAAGGCCAGACCUCAAGAUUAAGGAAGAAGACAACAUCAUUGACGAUUCUCACAAUGAUGAUGUUGAUGUAGAGUAUGAUUUGCAAUCACAAAUGUCUCACCCGGAAGAAUUGGAUCAGGAGCCUUUCGCCAUGAUGACAGCAGAAGCAACCAAGGCGAAACAGGUGACCAGAAUACGGAAGGCGAAGUCUACAGUUAAACAUGUGGCGAAGUCUACAGUUAAACAUGUGGAAACACAAGCAGAAAUCGUUGUGGCCGAAAAGAUAUCUUCUAAAGUUAGGGGCUUUCUGCUGAUUCGUUGUCGAUCAGCAGGACGUAAGAAAGCAAAGUCUCCUAAGAAAACAAAGUGGAAAGGUUGGGUGAUUGUUGAAGACGGUGAGGAGGAGGAUGCCGCCAAUGUGGAUGAACUCAAAGUAGAUGAUCCCGUCGAGGCUACCCAAGAUGCUGAUGAGGUGGGUGUACAAACCAGAGUGAAGCGUCAACGACGCAAGUGA